ACACCACUACACCACACCUUGGACAUAUAUAUGGAAAAUAGCUUCACAGUCUAGAUUCCAUGGCAUCAAGGAUGGGGAUGGUGGCUAUUCUGUCCUUGUUUGUUUGUGCUCUUGUUGCUUCAACAUCUGUCAAUGCUAAUGUGUGGCAGACUGAUGAGGAUGCUUUUUAUAGUACAAAUAAACUGGGAGUCAAUGGCAACAUGGAGAUGGCACAACAACAAGGUGGAUUUAUUGGCCAUCGCCCAAGACUUGCAUUAUUCAAUAGGGCAUCAAAACAACUGGACCGUGAAAAAAGACCUGUGCCUAGCGGGCCAGACCCCAUACAUCACAGCAUCCCAUCACAUGCUCCUCAGCAUCCACCAUCAUAUGGCAAAGCUCCUUAUGAAGAUGACAAGAGCAUAGCAUCUCCUGGUCUGUCCAACCCGAUAGGUCCUCCACCAUUUUUAGAUAGAUACUAGUUCAUGCAAAAGUAGUGAGUAUUUAUGCACCUAUGCCAAUGAAUAACCUCUAAUUACCUACAUGUAUUGGCCUGGUGUUUGGUAAACAUGAAGCAAUAACUUUCUCUUAUCGAAA